AUGGGAGAACGCAAAGUCCUAAACAAGUAUUAUCCCCCAGAUUUUGAUCCAAAGAAGUUACCUCGUCUCCGGAAACCUAACAACCAGCAAAAGAAGAUUAGGUUUAUGCUUCCGGUUCGUAUUCGGUGCAACACAUGUGGUCAUUACAUGUCGGAAGGCACCAAAUUCAAUUGCCGUCAAGAAGAAGUCAUCAACGAGACGUAUCUAGGGAUUAAAAUCCACAGGUUCUACAUCAAGUGCACCAACUGCUCAGCAGAGGUGACAAUCAAAACCGAUCCAAAGAAAUCGGGUUAUGUUGUCGAGUCAGGUGCUAUUGGGCCUUAUAAUGGACUCGAGGAGGAGGAAGAGGAGAAGCAUGAGGUAGCUGAAAACGCAUUGGAGUCGUUAGAGAAGAGAACUAUGGUUUCUAAAAGAGAGAUUGAUGUUACGGCUGCGCUUGAUGAGAUGAAGUCUAUGAAGUCUAGAAGAGCGUCAGUGAGUGUAGACUCAAUGCUUGAGGCUUUGAAUAGAAGAAAAAAACAAGAAGAAGAGAACGUGGAGGAAGAAUUGCUCAUUAAGUCUAUAAAGUUUGGUAAGCGGACUAGGAUUGAUGAAGAGAAAAAAGAUGAUGAGGUGCUUGAUGAGAUGAAGAAGAAGCCUAGGAGACGUCUUAAUGGUACAUCUCCUAGUCAAUUCUCUUCAGUUCACAUAAUCUCGAAGAAGACUGCAAAGCUACCAGGGGGAAUCGAAUCUCUGUGUCACAACUAUGGCACUGACAGCGAUGAGGAGGAGUAG